GCUAUUAACCAUCGUGUCGCCAAAAUGUAGCGCACAGUCGGAAACAGAAAAAAACAAAGAAGUUUCAUGCAUAUUCACUCAAGUACGCCUACAAUGGAUUUAUCAACAAAUUGAAGCAGUGGGCGUAGCGCGACUGUAACGUUAUUCAAAGGCUUAGGUCGGAUGUAGUUUGUUUUACAGGGUUAUUACAAGGAAAAAGGGGAAAGUGGAAACAGGAGAACUUCCUGAAUUUGAACAUGUCCGAUUCCCCGUCGCAGAUCAUUAUUAAGCAGGAGAGGAGUUCAUUCAGCCCUUCUGCAAGUCCACUGCCAAACUCCACUUCCUCUCCUGUCCAUGCCCCGGCUCCAACGCCCACCAGCAGAAUGGAGGAUGAGCCAGCAAGGCUGCCUGCAUACCUGCGUCUACAGCCAGUGUUCUGGUCCAGGGAUGAUGUGGCACAGUGGCUGCGUUGGGCCGAGCGUGAGUUUGCACUGCGGCCAAUCACCAGUGGAAGCUUCCAGAUGAACGGCAAGGCCCUUCUUUUGCUCACCAAGGAGGACUUCCGCUACCGUUCCCCUCACUCAGGAGACGUCUUGUAUGAGCUCCUGCAGCACAUUCUAAAGCAGAGGAAACCCCACACAUCCUUCCCCUCCUCAUACUUCCCAGGAAACUCUCUCCAUCCAAUGCCAGAGGCAACACUACAGCACCACAAACUUGAAGACACGGUACGACGGACCCCGCGUGGUACAGAUGCCCUCCCCUUGCACCCUCCCACCAUUGAACUGCGACAUCGGUCCCGAUCACCACACCACCAUGCCCCACGACGCUCCCCCAUUGAGCAGAAUCACCCAAACUCAGCUGAGGACUCCCACCAUACAUCCUCACAGGUGCCUGAUAGUAACCAUCACCUGCCGGAUGACGCAUAUCCACUCUCAGUGUCACCUACACCUCCAAACGGGCACUGUCCUUCCUCCCGUGAGGCGCCUCGCCCUGGUAGCCCCUUCCAAGAGGAACAGGCACCACCCCGCGUCAUCCAGUUAAUGCCCAGUGCCAUUAUGCACCCACUAAUGUUAAGUCCUGGCCGAGGAGGGGUACCGGGGGAUUUCCGCCACAGCCGUCCAACCACUCAGGAGAACGGCCGCGAAAAUAAAGGGCACCACCACCAUCAUCAUCCUCAUCACCACCAUCCUCAUCAUCCUCACCAGCACCUAAGCAUGGCAGGGCACCAGCAGCAGCACCUACAUCCUCAGGAAGACGGGCGCUACCGCAACCAUGUCAUCAUGCCAGUCUCACCACCUGAGGAGCAAGCACUGCCCAUUGGACGAAUAGCAGAUUGCAGGCUGCUUUGGGACUAUGUGUACCAGCUGCUGUCUGAUAGCCGAUAUGAAAACUACAUCCGCUGGGAGGACCGUGAAACCAAAGUCUUCCGUAUCAUGGACCCUAAUGGCUUGGCACGGCUAUGGGGCAACCAUAAGAACAGGACCAAUAUGACAUAUGAGAAGAUGUCAAGGGCACUGAGACACUACUACAAACUAAACAUCAUCAGGAAAGAGCCAGGCCAGAGACUGUUGUUCAGGUUCAUGAAAACACCAGACGAGAUUAUGAGUGGCCAGACGGACAGACUGGAGCACCUGGAGUCAGAUACGGAUGAUCAAGUAUAUGUCAAGGAAGAGUGCUGAGACACAAAGUCCAUUUAAAAAAACUGCUACAGGCUUUGCAUCGAUGGCUUUGCAACACCACGCAAAACCUAACGGACUAGUGAACAAUCAAGCAAAAUGAACCAAGAGUGCUCAUAUGAACUGUGGGGAAACUCCAGACAUGACAUGGUUUCUCACUGCACUGUUUUUCAUGAUAAUUCUUGAUGACAUAUUUUUUUUUUCAACUCUAAAACUUAAAAACAGCAAACUAUGACAAUCACUUUUAAGAUAUGAUUCUUUUUUUUUUUUUUUAAUUUUCUCUG